AUGUCGGCGGCGGCGGCCAUCUCGGCGGCGGAGAAGGUGGACGGCUUCACGCGGAAGUCGGUGCGCAAGGCGCAGCGGCAGAAGCGCUCGCAGGGCUCCUCGCAGUUCCGCAGCCAGAGCAGCCAGGUGGAGCUGUCGCCCCUGCCCCAGCUCAAAGAUGCCACCUCAAAUGAGCAGCAAGAACUUUUUUGUCAGAAGUUGCAGCAGUGUUGCAUACUGUUUGAUUUCAUAGACUCUGUUUCAGACUUGAAGAGCAAAGAAAUUAAAAGAGCAACACUGAAUGAACUGGUUGAAUAUGUUUCAACAAAUCGUGGAGUGCUUGUUGAAUCAGCAUAUGCUGACAUAGUGAAAAUGAUUAGUUCUAAUAUUUUCAGGACACUUCCACCAAGUGAUAAUCCAGAUUUUGAUCCAGAAGAAGAUGAGCCUACUCUUGAAGCCUCAUGGCCUCACAUACAGCUGGUAUAUGAAUUUUUCCUGAGAUUUUUGGAGAGCCAAGAUUUCCAGCCUAGUAUUGCAAAGCGAUACAUUGACCAGAAGUUUGUACAGCAGUUGUUGGAGCUUUUUGAUAGUGAAGACCCACGAGAACGUGAUUUCCUGAAGACAGUCCUUCAUCGAAUUUAUGGAAAAUUCCUUGGCUUAAGAGCAUUCAUCAGAAAACAGAUUAACAACAUAUUCCUCAGGUUUAUAUAUGAAACAGAACACUUCAAUGGUGUUGCUGAACUACUUGAGAUAUUAGGAAGUAUUAUCAAUGGUUUUGCACUGCCAUUGAAAGCAGAACACAAACAGUUCCUUAUGAAGGUUCUGAUUCCUAUGCAUACUGCUAAGGGAUUAGCUUUGUUUCAUGCACAGCUGGCCUAUUGUGUUGUACAAUUCCUGGAGAAAGAAACAACAUUAACAGAACCAGUAAUGUUUUUAGGUGAAAUUGAAGAAAUCUUAGAUGUAAUAGAACCAACCCAGUUCAAAAAAAUAGAAGAGCCUCUAUUUAAACAGAUAUCCAAGUGCGUGUCAAGUUCACAUUUUCAGGUUGCAGAAAGGGCUUUGUACUUCUGGAAUAAUGAGUACAUUCUUAGUCUGAUUGAGGAGAACAUUGACAAAAUUCUACCAAUUAUGUUUGGUAGUUUAUACAAGAUCUCCAAAGAACACUGGAAUCCGACCAUUGUAGCGCUGGUGUAUAAUGUGCUGAAAACGUUGAUGGAAAUGAAUGGCAAGCUAUUUGAUGAACUUACAAGCACAUACAAAGCAGAAAGGCAAAGAGAGAAAAAGAAGGAAUUGGAACGGGAAGAGUUGUGGAGGAAGUUAGAAGACCUAAAGCUAAAGAAGGUCUUGGCUGAAAAGCAGAACAGCACUCACAAUGUGCUAAAUGCACAAAAUAAUACAAGUGCCAAAUAAAAGAAAUGAUGCCCUCUGCUUGAGAGAGACAUACUUUUGUACAUUUUUGAACUAGGUAAAAAUUGCAAAACAGAAACCUCAUCAGUAUAAUAGAACUGGCCAGCCUUUUCUCUGGCAAAAUGUAAAUGAAAAAGCUAUGAAAUUAAAUACAGUAGUUGAAUGAUACGUCAUUACCACAGCAUAUUGUAAAUUUGUCUAAUCAUUGAUAUAUUGGCACUUUUGAAGUUUCAUAGAAAUGAAUUAUCAUCCAUAAUGAGUGAGAAUAAUUAUGGGAGUGGUGAGAAUUAUGACUUGAAUUUUCUUUUUUGAUUGUGUUGCACAUAGGUGGUGUAGUCUGCUAUGUACAUUUUUCCUUGUUUUAUACGUGCUUUUCACAUUGCUGCAUACCUUGGUCGAGAUUCUAGAAAAGGCUUCUAGUUCUGCUGUAUUUUCUCAAAUAAAACUAAAACUAAGCUACAUUACUUUUUACCUGUAACUUGAGGAGAUACCUUAUGUGCCCUUCAUACCAUUACAGAUCUCAAAGAUAUUGCUGUAUUGAAUACCAGUGAGCAAAGAAUCAUGCUGUGGGUUUAAAUUUUUAAUUUUAAAAAGCACAAGUUGGCAACAAGUUGAAGUAUGAACAUCUAAUCUGUUAGAGUGGACCUAGUGCAUACUCUGUAUCUGACCUUAUACUUGAUGAAUGUUUUGGUGUCUGUUUACCCCCUCCACAUGCUUCUUGCUCCUGGGCCUAGUUGGGUUUGUUUCUCACCUUACGGCUGAAGAUGGAGCUUCCUUUCGAGCACAUUAGUGAUGCUCCCAGUCAGCCCAAGUGAUCUCUGACGCAAUGCAGUUGUUGCCCACUUUUCUCCCUUCCAUCCUCCAGAGCUGCAUCCACAGAACUUCCAGCCUCUGCUGGCACAGCGAGAAACUAAAUCUAGGAUUCCAAACUAGGAGGGCAGAGACCUUGGAUCCUGUUUCUUGUUUUAUUUAAAGAAAAUGCAGUAUGCUUCUUCAGUGUAAACUGGAAAAAGCGGACUGUAGAAGUCUUGUCUGUUUCACUUGAUCAGGUAUUUCUCACAUCUUUUUGAUCAGAGUUACCAUUCCAAUCUCUUAAAUUGCAGUUCUGUGGAAAACUGUUUUGUAAUGAGAGCUCUUCACUGGGGGAUUGAGCAGCGUUCAAUAAAGUCUUUGUUUGUAUUUA